UUAUGCUGCAAAAAUAUAAAACUUUUUCUGGAUGUUUGCCGCAAUCAUUUUGGACUGCGCGAUUCUGAUCUCUUUGAGCCUACAAUGCUGUACGAUUUGAUUAAUUUCCAUCGAGUGCUGAUAACACUUUCCAAAUUAUCGCAAUGCCGCAAAGUACAACAACUGCAUCCGGACCUAAUAGGCUUCAAUAUUCAACUAUCGCCCAGUGAACGCUCCCACUCCGAUGAGGCCAUUUACAAGGACCUGCACUCGACUGAGCAGAAAAAGAAUAACAGCAUUGACGGACCAGCAGAGAAUUUUGAUCGCAUUUCGUACAGUGGCUCACUCUCUAUUGACGAUGAGAAUAGCGACAUAACGAUCGAAAAUGGAACUGAAGAUACCGAGGAUUUUGAAGAGGAUAUGAUUUCAAAUUUAUUCGCCCUCGACGAUGAACAGCAAUCCGUCAGCAUUACUAGCUCUGCCCCGUCGAAUUCGCACACCCGCAGUGCCACAGUGAGCAGUUUUAGUGGCCUAAGUAGUCGUGGUUAUGCUGACGGCGCCUCUGUCGGCGGCGACAGCUUAAGCGCUGUCAGUGCAACGAGUAGCAGCCAAUCGAGCUCGACGGACAACCAAAGUUUACAGCGUUUAAUGGCAACAACAUGGAGUUAUCAGGCAACUGCCAUAGAAGUGUGUGGCCAUGAAUAUCUCAAUGAUAUUUACUUUGAGGAGGAUGAAAAAGUUUACGAGGACUUAUGCUACGUCACGUUCUCGUCGAGUACAUCUAAGGUUACCACCGACAAUAAUGCAUGUCACAAUGAUCAUAUAAACACCAAAGAAGAGGAAGUCUACCAAGACUUGUGUGCUUUACAAAGGUCCAGUAGAAGUCAGAUCUCUUCGGCGACCAGUUUUGAGCAACGCGAUUAUGUCAUACGCGAACUGAUCGAUACCGAAUCGAAUUAUUUAGAUGUACUGAAUGCGUUAAAGACAAAAUUUAUGGCGCCACUCGAACGCUACCUUAACCCAGAAGAGAUUAGGCAAAUAUUUCCGCGCAUACGUGAACUCGCUGACAUACAUACAAAGUUUCUCGAAAAACUGCGCGAUUCUCUUUUGCCCACUACCAAACUGAAAAUGAGCCAGGUAUUUUUGGAGUUUCGUGAACCAUUUCUACUCUACGGCGAUUACUGUUCAUGUCUGUUGGGAGCCAUCGAUGCGCUGGCUGAUGUAUGCAAGAAGAAUCAGAUUAUAGAGCAACUUGUGCAGCAAUGCGAGCGAGAAUAUAACGUGGGUAAAUUGCAACUGCGCGAUAUUCUCUCCGUGCCUAUGCAGCGAAUUCUCAAGUACCAUCUACUAUUAGAUAAGCUAGUCAAAGAAACCUCACCGGUGCACGAAGAUUAUCGCGCAUUAGAGCGUGCCAAAGAGGCAAUGAUUGACGUGUCUCAAUAUAUCAACGAAGUAAAACGCGAUUCUGAUCACUUAGUGAUCAUACAGAAAGUUAAAGACAGCAUAGUCGAUUUGCAUCUCUUACCAAAUGGUAGCAACGAUCUCCUACAAUAUGGCCGUCUGCUGUUGGACGGUGAAUUGCAUAUAAAAGCGCAUGAAGAUCAGAAGACGAAGUUACGCUAUGCAUUCGUUUUCGAUAAAAUACUGAUUCUGGUAAAGCCAUUGCAUGCGAAGAUGGGCGACAUGCAGUAUACAUAUCGCGAUUCGCAUUACCUCUCUGAUUAUCGGGUGGAACAGAGUCAUACGCGGCGUACCUUGGGUAGGGAUACACGUUUCAAGUGCCAGCUACUGUUGGCGCGCAAAUCUGGCAAAACAGCUUUUACGCUCUAUUUGAAAUCGGAACCAGAGCGAGAUAAAUGGCGCAAAGCGCUCACUGAGGCGAUGGAGAACUUGGACCCACCUGGUUGUCGCAAUACAGACCACAAAAUGGAAAUUUUCACAUUUGAUGCGCCCACAACAUGCCGGCAUUGUUCAAAGUUUCUAAAAGGCCGAAUACAUCAGGGCUAUCGUUGCAAAGUAUGUGAAAUUGCUGUGCACAAAGGUUGUAUAUCGUCAACGGGCCGUUGCAAACAAAAUCCUCUCAGCAUACCGCCUCCAGUUUGCGAUCGUCAGCUUGCAGGGUUUAAUUGGUUUGUCGGCACAAUGGAUCGCGAAACGGCUGCUUCACGCUUGGAAAACCGUCGUGUCGGCACUUAUUUGCUGCGUGUGCGACCUCAAGGUGCAUCCAAUUCGCACGAGACUAUGUAUGCGCUGAGCUUAAAAACCGAUGAUCACAUUAUUAAGCACAUGAAAAUCAACCAAAAAACCGAGGGCGAUUCAAUACUCUACUGCCUUUCGUCGAGACGUCAUUUUAAAACAAUUGUCGAAUUAGUUUCGUACUAUGAACGCAACGAUUUGGGAGAAAAUUUUGCAGGUCUAAAUCAAUUGCUGCAGUGGCCUUAUCGCGAAGUGAUUGCCACCGCCGUUUAUGAUUUUGAUCCAAAUGGCAUAAAUCAGUUGCAGCUUAAGACUGGCUGUCAACUUCUGGUUAUUGGUAAGGAUGGCGAUAGUAAAGGCUGGUGGCGUGGAAAGAUUGGCGAUACGGUCGGCUACUUCCCUAAGGAGUACGUUCAAGAGCAUCCUCCGAUUAGCGACGAACUUUGAUAUUACAAUUAUGUAAUUUAUGUUGGGAACUCACUGGACCAACAUUCAAUUGCAUCGGAUAUUUCAAGUUUAGUGGACGAUAAUCUGUCGAUCAACGCUAGCUCUAGAGCUAUGGCGCCUAUUGCCGAGAACGAAUCACUCUGCUCUGGCGAAGAGUGCUAAGCAAAAAGCGAAAGCGAAGAAAUAAAAGAAUAUAAAAGUGUUUAGAGUUGAAAAAGGAUAAGGGAACGCCUUGAACAAAAGUCACAUUGCAUGUAUAAGUAGCAGUGGCAAAAGUGCAUGUACAAAAACAACUAUAGCAUAAUAAUCUUAUUAAUAAUUGUGCCAAUAGCUUUUUUAUACAAUUUUAAUUGCGUAUUUUAUAUUAUUAUAAUAUUUAUGAUGCAUGUCAUGUAUUUAUGUAUGUG